GUGUUUGUAUGGGGAAAGCAUCGUUAGGUACAUUAUUGUGCACGUAAAUACUCGCGCUACGAAGACCAAUUACGCCGUACCAGCAAACUGUAACAACAAAGCGUAACGCACGUAAACUUUACACGCAGGAGAAACCGUGAACGACACUUACCACCCACAGUGUUGCUGAAUUUACAAUUUCACAACUCUUUAAAUAUUAGAUUUAUAUCAAUAUGAUGCGAUCAAAGGCAUCGCCAAAAGGCAACGAGAGGAAGCUGAAGGCAGAAGGAUUUACUACAAAAUCCCGGAUGAAAAAUGCUGUUGUUGUUGCACCUCCAGCAGCGGGAGCGUUUGCCGAAAAACCACUCUUACAAGGAACAAGUUUCAGGAAAUUCUACAACAGAGGAGAUUUCCCAAUUGCAUUAGAACACGACACAAAAGGAAACAAAAUUGCAUGGAAGGUUGAAAUUGAAAAGCUUGACUACCACCACUACCUGCCAAUGUUCUUUGACGGACUCUGUGAAACAACACAUCCGUACGAGUUCUUCGCAAGACAAGGGGUUCAUGACAUGUUGGAGCAUGGCGGUUCCAAGAUUCUUCCAGUUAUUCCACAGCUCAUCAUCCCCAUCAAGAGUGCAUUGAACAUGAAAAACAGAAUGGUCCUAUGCACAACGUUAAAGGUUCUGCAGCACCUCGUCGUCUCGGGUGAAAAUGUCGGCGAAGCUCUCGUCCCUUACUACCGACAAAUCCUCCCCGUUCUCAAUACCUUCAAGAACAAUAAUCUGAACUCCGGAGACAGCAUCGACUACGGACAGCAGAGGAGAGAGAAUAUCGGUGACCUCAUUCAUGAAGUGCUAGUAGCGUUUGAAAAGAAGGGCGGCGAUGAUGCAUUUAUCAACAUCAAGUACAUGGUUCCGACGCAUGAAUCGUCAGUGCUCAACUGAUGCUCUGAUAGCUCAUGAUCAAAGAACUGUGAUACUUUUCUUGACUUUCACGUCUCGAAAAAUAACUGUAAAUUGUAAAUUGAUUAGAUCAUUUAUAUUUUGUUCAAUGUCCCAUGUAUAUUGCCCUUGCAUAUAUCUCCUUUAUUUUCUUUCCCUAUUCUACGAUGUAUACGUUCUUAGAAUUAUCUUCAUAUGUUUAUCCAAGAGCCUUAUCUUCAUAUGUUUUCCAAGAGCCUGAGAUAUCUAAAAGCACAAACCUCCAUAUUUGUUGGAAAAGUAAAACUACGCUCAAAUUCUUUUGGUGCGAGAACAAUUCUUACAAGUUUGUUGGAAAGAAUUAAAAUCGAACAAUUUUUUUUUUAUAUGUAUACUUUGCCUAGAAAGUUUUGUGUUCAUCAAAAAGUGGAAUUGAAGGUGGCUAUUUUAAUACAUAAAUUCUGAAGUUAUUUAGACUUUAUCAAAAUUGAAAGAUGUUCCUCUGAUACAUGGUCUUUAUAGCCUCAUAUUAAGGUAUUCAAUCAAGAUUUAUGGAUUAUUUUGCGCCUUCCUCAUUUCAUAGUUUCAGAUUGGAAAAGUGCUUAACCGCUUAUACUUCAGUUGAGUCUGUUUAUUUACUGGAUUUAUUGUGGUAUUCUCUCCCUCUCUCUUCCUCUCUCCCUCUCUCUUCCUCUCACUCUGUCUCAUUUACUUGUCUUCAUGUAUCUCUUCUGGUCUUAUCUUGUACAGAUUGUAUGAUACAUGUGUAGUACGGAUUAUAAUACUUUGAUUAUGCAAUUGGUAAUUUAAAACUGGCUUCAUUGUUCUAUAUUUUAUGGACAGUGACUAUUGAGUUCGACAAAAAAAGCACUGUUUUGAAACUGCCAUUAAUCAAUUACUUUACAAUGGUAUGAUAUGAUUGGUUGUGUCUGCAUGCAAGCCUUUAUCACUUUGGGACUGAAAAAUUCAAUGUUACAUGUUUAUAAUUGAAAAAAACUCAAGCUUUGUCUCA